UGCUUUUCUUCGGUAAACAUGAGCAACAUUCCGUAAAAGGUAAAAAUGUUUCUCUGGUUUCGAACAGGCGAAAACAAAAAAUAAAAGCACAACAUUGCAAUACUGUCAGCGAACUAGGGUGACGGAGGACGAGGACGAAGGGUUAGUUGAGCAUUGGUUUACCUUUUCGGGCUUAAGUUGAAGUGCUUACCUGUAUUAAAUCAUUAUUCUUUUUCUUUUUGUCGUUUCGCUGACGCGGUGUCGAUCGGACUGGUCUUGUGACCAAUAUAGCGCUGGUGGAAUCCGCGAGAGCUAUCUGUCAUUAGAAUGGCUUACUUUUUGUUCGAGCCGGUAAAUGUCUUGUUUGAUCAUUCUCCUCAUGAAAGUCAUUUACUUGCCUUCAUAUAUUGCCGUUGUCAGAGGUCCGAUGCGAAGCUGUAAUGCAAAGAUUUCUGAGCCACGCUAUAAGCCUUAUGUGACUAUUAGGAAGACCUUGUGUAUGAGAAAGGAUGUCGUUCAGUUCCACACGGUAUUCGGUAGAGUUCGGAUCUAGUUAAUCUACUACGGUGAACGAUAAGAGACGUUGAAAGUGUUUUUUGUUGAUUCAAGUGAUAAGACAUAUUUUGAAGCGACACGCAAACCGGUUACUUUGAUCAUUAGCGUUUUUUGUGAGUCCUGAACACCAGACAUACAACGGAGAAGUUUCGUAGUGAAUGUAAAUAUGACUUCGUGUUUACCGUGUAUCAAAUGAACUUGAAUGCACUGAGAAGAUCUACUGAUGGUGAUGUCUUUUCGCGAAAAGUUUGAAUCACGGUUAUGUAAAAAACUAUGAAGUUGUGAGCUGCUCCAAUACACAUUUUAAUUUCCACAAAAAAAACAAACACCGAACAAUGAGUGAACUGAAGCUCAAGCCAAUCGAAGAUUCCAAUCUGUACAAACGGAGAACUACGUCCAGAGAGAAUCUUUUGCAAGCUUCUUCUUCGCUGUCUACCAUCGACUUUCUGACGUCGAGCGGAAUCACGAAUACAAACUUUCAUUUGGCGGAACGCCGCCACCACUUUCAAUCGGGACCAUCGGACGAAAGACUUUAUCAGAAUGCGCCAGGACCGAUAAGAAAUGUACAAUAUGUCAACGAUACGGCUUACAAUAGCACCACUGUGAAUGUUGGUGUCCCGAAUGCGAAUGCAGGCGUCUUCAGUUCGCAUAGUAAUCGACACGACAUCAAUGACACGACUCGCGGGUUCCGAGAGCCAGCGCCGAGUUCGUCGAUCGAGUCCAAUCAGUAUCCGAGUUCAGUUUCGAGUGGAUACAAUGCAACCGCGAGUGGUACUGCAGUGAAAAAUAUUAUACGCGAUUUUCGACAGGCAAAUUUGGAAACGUCAUCAUCAGCUUUGCCGCAUUUGCCCUCGUCAAACGAAACACAACACGCGGCCACCCAGGGUGAAAGAUAUCAAAAUUUACCUCUAGCCAGCUCGACUCCAACGCGGAAGAAAAUGGAACUCAAAGAUCCUACCGGACAGUCCAACAUGGAAGUGAUUGGAAUAUCAGCCAACAUGUCCCUCGGCACCAUGAUGUGCACCCGGUGUGACGAGGGAUUCGAACCGCACGAAAGGAUCGUCAACUCGAACGGCCAGUUGUGGCACACCCAAUGUUUUGUCUGUGCUCAAUGCUUCCGCCAAUUUCAGGACGGCAUCUUCUACGAAUUUGAAGGCCGCAAAUACUGUGAGAAGGAUUUUCACAUCCUGUUCGCACCGUGCUGCAACAAAUGCAAUCACUUUGUCAUUGGUCGGGUCAUCAAGGCCAUGGCGGCAAAUUGGCAUCCGGAAUGUUUCACCUGCGAACGUUGUAAUAUUCCAUUAGCGGAUUCCGGAUUUAUACGUAAUCAGAACCGUGCCCUAUGCCAUGACUGCAACCGAAAGGAGAAGGAAGUGGGCUUAGGAAAGCAUAUGUGUAACAAAUGCCAUGGAAUAAUCGACGAUGCUCCGUUGCGCUUCCGAGGUGAAGUCUACCAUGGCUAUCACUUCAAUUGUACAGCUUGCGGCGUUGAACUGGAUUCGUCUGCUCGGGAAGUCAAAAAUCGUACCGGUUAUGCUGCCAACGACAUGAAUGAACUGUACUGCUUGCGAUGCCACGAUCGAAUGGGAAUUCCCAUUUGCGGUGCUUGUCGGCGUCCAAUCGAGGAACGUGUCGUAACCGCACUGGGAAAACAUUGGCAUGUAGAGCACUUCGUAUGCGCCAAAUGUGAGAAACCGUUCCUAGGACAUCGUCACUACGAGAAACGCGGUUUAGCAUACUGCGAAACACAUUACCAUCAAUUAUUCGGUAAUCUGUGCUUCGUUUGUAAUCAGGUCAUCGCUGGUGAUGUUUUUACCGCUCUUAACAAGGCCUGGUGCGUACAUCACUUCUCGUGUUCGAUUUGCGACAAUAAAAUGGACCAAAAGUCGAAGUUCUACGAAUAUGACGAGAAGCCGGUCUGCAAGAAGUGCUAUGAACGCUUCCCUGCCGAGCUCAGACGACGCCUGCGUGCAGCCCACGAGAACACCCUGAAGAAGACUAUCAACUAAACAAAUGACGCCACUUGUAUUCAAAUUUCCAGUGAAAACGCAACAAUCGUUUACCCUGUUAUCAUGACACUUGUUCGAUUGAGUGCGGUCGAAUUUAUAGAAACUUAUAUACUUUAGAUGCACGUGAAGCAUACGCCCGUGGCUUACAACUUAACUUGUGCCUUGAAUAUACAAAUCUCGAACAGAUUUUUUAAUAUACAAUAA